CGGCACUUUACCUUUCUUUUUCUUUUUUAUUAUUUCUCUGUAUAUAACGCAAUCCAUAAAAAUUAUCUCCUUUGAUGGAUUUCUAUCUGUUUCGACCGUAUCAAAAGCGAAGAGUUACGCAUACGACGAAUCAGGCCUUACGAAAGUGUUGUGGGUGUAUCCAUUUACGAGUGGGUAGCGCGAUAGCAUGUGUAAUUUGGGUCGGCCUGUCGUUAUAUUUUGCAAUCAUUUCGUUCCAAGACAGUAGCCCAUUCUUUUCACGCUUAGCACACGCUCCUCUGAUCGUUUUCGGAGUGGCGAACCUGCUGUUCGCAAUAGUGGCCUUACUGGCAUUGGGUGCGCUAUAUCGGGAUUUACUGGGUUAUAUCCGCACAGCGCAGCACGCAAUUGUUAUAUGCAUAUUCAUAGUUUUAGUAGACGGCUUCAUUAAUACUAUUUUGUUCAUCACACAACGAGGUGACUAUAUUAACUGGUGUAUCUCUGGCGGGUCGCGCGAUUUCCAACCAGUUAUUGGUGAUACCUCGAGUCCGAUCAGUGUGGAACGCGAUUUCUACAACUGCAGCAGGACCUGGGAAGAUGAACUUAAAUUCGGCCUGCUGUCGAUCUUUAUGAUGAUUGGCUUCUAUGUAUACUGGGCAAUGUGUUUCCGAUCCUACCGCAUCAAGAAGGCCAUCAUCUUGUCCAGCAUGGUAGGCGCACCGGUUGAUCAUGUGGCUCUUCCAUCGAGAACGGGAGCAGGAGGCCCUCAACCGCCACUGGGACCACCACAUCCAUCAAGGAUGCCACAUGGAGGAGUUGGUGGAGGCAUGCCGAUGCAAAGAAUGGGUCCAAACGGCCGACCUAAUAUUAUCGUUUUGAAUAACUCAAAACCAUCGUGCAAAGAAACGAGUAGCAAAACGCCUUCUCCUCCACCCUAUGGUUCCUGAUAGAAUCUUCAAUAAUAUAAAAAUGUGAUAACAGGUCACCCGAUCUUAUGUACACUGUAUAUACCCAAAUAAAACUUCGACUCAUACGCUUGCUGGGUUCUCCCACUUGCAGUCUUUGUGUUCCG